AUGGAGCUUAAAAUAAUCGCUCUUAUAUCACAGGCGAUAAUAUUCCUAACCUUAGCAGCUUGUAACAAAAACUUACUUGAACUUAAUUAUCAAAUAAAUGCCAACUCAAGUGAUAAAGGAAAAUGGAAUAAGCUAGGGACAUUUGUACUAAACAAGAACCAAAUUUUUAACACCUCAAAUUCGUAUGUAGAAGAAAAGGAUAAACUUCUAGAAAAAAUAAGCAGUGAAAAUUUUGAGUAUGUCUUAUUUCGACUAUGUUACGACACAGAUGAAAAGAAGUGUAUACAAACAUAUGUGAGUAAGAAGAAGAUUCAAAACAACAAUGAUUUUUGUCUAUUAAUAGGAUUAAAUAAUAAUUACAUGCCCUAUAUAUUGAACUAUAGAACACUGGAAGAAUUGGAUGAAAAUGCGCAUAUAUACUCUGGUAUAUUUGUGGUUAAAGCUUUAUCAGUUUCGGCACCAAUUGAUAUAUCUAAUUUAAAAACGGAUGAAAAUAUAGCAAAACCUAAGAAUUCACAAAAUCAACAGAAGGAAAAAGAAAAACCCAAAUCUUUUAUACGUAAGUACUGGAUUUAUGUAGCCAUAUUUUUUUUAUCAUUGUCCAUAUCGAAGCAUUUUACAGAGAAUAUGCAGGAGGUGAGGAACAGAUAA